UCAGUUUCCCUUCCUUCCCUUCUUCGCCUCAGGCUGAGGUAGAGGCUGCGGGAAGGAGGAGCUUAACGGCGUUGGCGUCUCAGUAACACUAAUGGCGGAAGAGCAGCUACUUCCCCUUUUCGCCUCGCCUCAGGGGCCUGACGGUGCUACCCAAUGACUUGGCCUGACACGCCCUCCCGCUUAAAGGCAUACGGCGUACAGAGCAGCUAUCCUUGGGCAACCCUUAUUUAUUUGCUUGGCGUCUUCCCGCUUUCGCGUUUAUUUGGUUGGUUUCCCCCGUCCCCACCACCGCCGCCUCUUCCUCGCUCGCUGGGCGGCUGAAGCCUCGCCUCUUCCCUCACACGCCCAGGUCACAUGACGAGCCGCGGAGGCUGCCGGGACGAGGUUUACCCGGUUGUCUGGGUUCUCCGGAUUCAAUAUGGUGGUUCUGGGCGGUCAGCGAGGGGUUGGUGGGGGCUGACAGUUGAGGCGGCGGCUGUCAGCGCCGAAGGGCUGAGCUCGCGUUUGCCGGCCGAGAGUCGGCUUCCGCGCUGAGAGAGAGAGAGAGAGGCAACGAAAGGAAAGGAAGAGGAAGAAGGAGGCGGAGGAGAAGAAGGGCGGGCCCAGCUGGCCAGUAGUCAAGCGGACGGGCCCUUCGCUUGGGCUCUGGCUGGUGGGGCGCUCGGCGGCUCGGCGCGAUGGCCCAGCGGGUCCAGUCGGUGCAGGAGUUCCUCCAGGACUCGUUCGUGCCUUUGGUGGCCGCCCUGUGUAGCGAGGAGGCGGAGAAGAUCACCCGCAAGAACAACCUGGGCUUCUGCGAGUUGGUCAAGCCUUUCUGUCGCCUCACCUCGGAAGUGCACAUGAGAGAUCCCAACAAUCAACUUCACAUAAUCAAAAACUUGAAAAUUGCUGUCAACAACAUUAUAACUCAGCCACCUCAACCAGGAGCCAUUCGGAAGCUUCUGAAUGAUGUUGUAACUGUUAGCCAGCCUGCUGAAGGAUUAGUAGCUAAUGUGAUUACUGCAGGAGAUUAUGAUCUCAACAUUAGUGAUCGCUCAGUUAAAGCUAGUGUUCCUUGGUACAGUAGUUGGAAAGACACACUGAUGGGACUGAACACAUCCACUUGUUACUCAGCAACCACUCCAUGGUUUGAAGCUUAUCGAGAAAAUUUUCUUCAGUCUAUGCCAGCAUCUGACCAUGAAUUCCUAAACCACUAUCUAGCAUGUAUGCUUGUGGUGUCAUCUAGUGAACCUGAACCUGUGGAACAGUUUCUAAAGCUAUCACAUGAGCAGCAUCGUAUUCAACAUAGUAAUGAAUAUACUUACCCAAAAUGGUUUAUUCCAAAUACACUCAAAUAUUAUGUGUUAUUGCACGAUGUGAGUGUAGGAGAGGAACAAAGGGCUGAUUCAGUUUAUGAAGAAAUGAAACAGAGAUAUGGGACUCAGGGAUGCUACCUACUUAAGAUAAAUUCUCGUGGGUCUAAUCGAGGAGGAGAUGAACAAAUUCCAGAUCCUUGGAGCCAGUACCUUCAGAAAAACAUUAUCCAAACCCAGGAGCCUUAUGAAGACAGCCCCUGUAGUGUAGUUUCCAGUAAGAAUUCUGAUCAUCUCAUACCAUUGGAUGGGUUGGAUAAUGAUUCCAAAGAUGGUUUGUCAAAUUACUUUAAGCCUCAUCCACUCCAACUGGAUCACACCAGUGACAGUAGUUGUUUUGAUGGUACUGAUUAUGUAAAACCGAAUGCAUCUAUACAUGAGUCAAAGAAGACAAGCACGUGGACACCUCAUGGCACCUGUUUGACACUCACAGAUCAUGAUCGCAUUCGACAGUUCAUACAAGAAUUCACUUUUAGAGGGCUUUUGCCACACAUAGAGAAAACUAUCAGGCAGCUUAAUGACCAGUUGAUAUCAAGGAAAGGGCUGAGUCGAUCACUCUUUUCUGCAACCAAAAAAUGGUUCAGUGGCAAUAAAGUGCCAGAGAAAAGUGUAAAUGAGCUGAAAAGUACUUCUGGUUUGCUGUACCCUCCAGAAGCACCAGAGCUUCAAAUCAGGAAAAUGGCAGAUCUUUGUUUCUUGGUGCAACACUAUGAACUGGCCUACAAUUGCUAUCAUACAGCAAAAAAAGAUUUUCUGAAUGAUCAAGCAAUGCUUUAUGCAGCCGGAGCACUGGAAAUGGCAGCAGUUUCUGCUUUUCUGCAGCUAGGAGCCCCAAGACCAUAUCCUGCUCAUUACAUGGAUACUGCAAUUCAGACUUAUAGGGAUAUCUGCAAGAAUAUGAUGCUGGCUGAGCGAUGUGUGCUGCUUAGUGCUGAAAUAUUAAAAAGCCAAAGCAAAUAUUCGGAGGCAGCAGCUCUCCUUAUACGUUUAACCAGUGAGCAGAGCGCUUGGAUGGGAAUGGAUUCAGAUCUUCGAAGUGCACUGUUGCUGGAACAGGCUGCACACUGUUUUAUAAACAUGAAAAGUCCCAUGGUUAGAAAAUUUGCUUUUCAUAUGAUACUGGCUGGGCAUAGGUACAGUAAAGCAGGACAGAAGAAGCAUGCUUUGCGGUGUUAUUGUCAAGCCAUGCAAGUUUAUAAAGGGAAGGGAUGGUCACUUGCUGAAGAUCAUAUAAACUUCACUAUUGGCCGCCAGUCUUUUACACUUCGACAACUUGAUAAUGCUAUAUCUGCCUUCAGGCAUAUUUUGAUCAAUGACAGCAAGCAGACUGCAGCUCAGCAAGGGGCUUUUCUCCGAGAAUAUCUUUAUGUUUAUAGGAACGUAAGUCAGUUAUCACCGGAUGGACCUUUACCACAGCUUCCUUUACCUUGUAUCAAUAGCUCUGCAACACGAGUUUUCUUUGGACAUGACAGAAGGCCAGCAGAAGGUGAGAAACAGGCAGCAACCCAUAUAAGCCUUGAUCAGGAAUAUGACUCUGACUUUUCACAACAGUGGAAGGAGCUUGAGGAGCAAGUUGUGACAGCAGCAAACAAAGGCACAACACUCCCUAAUUUCCAGCCAACACAGUAUUGUCUGAACAAAUACUCGGAUAACUCCAGAUUUCCACUCAGUGUAGUAGAAGAGCCAAUAACUGUGGAAGUAGCUUUCAGAAAUCCAUUGAAAGUUCCACUUUUGUUAACUGAUUUGUCACUGCUUUGGAAAUUCCAGCCAAAGGAUUUCAAUUCAAAAAGUAAUGAAGAAACAAAGGAAUUGGAAACGUGUGGGAAGGAUAUGAUUGGAGCUGAAGUAAUAUCAGAAUUUUUGAUUAACAGUGAAGAAACUAAAAUGGCAAGACUAAAGCUCUUUCCCCAUCAAACAGGGGAGCUACACAUUCUGGGAGUCGUUUACAAUCUUGGCACUAUUCAGGGUACAAUGAUGCUAGAUGGAAUAGACCCUUCUGUUACAUUACAAACAGGAAAAUAUUUCUCUAGUGGAAUGUCAGUACGAGGGCGUCAAGAUUUGGAAAUUCAAGGCCCUCGCUUGAAUAACACAAAGGAAGAGAAAACCUCUAUUAAAUAUGGACCAGAUCGGCGUUUAGAUCCUAUUAUUACAGAAGAAAUGCCUUUGCUAGAGGUGUUCUUUAUAAAUUUUCCUACAGGGCUGCUUUGUGGAGAAAUACGGAAGACAUAUGUGGAAUUUGUGAAUGUGAGCAAGUGUCCUCUGACUGGAGUGAAAGUUGUUUCUAAACGGCCAGAGUUCUUUACCUUUGGUGGGAGCAGUGCCAUUCUAACACCAUUAAGUCCAUCAGUAUCCGAACACUGCAGUGCUUACAAGACUGUUAUAACACAUUCUACCUCUGUAUGUUCACUGGUGUCUUCAGCUACUUCUUCAGACUUUGGGGUUGCAUCAGGAAGUCAGCCUGAAGUAGUAGAUGUCCCACUUCCUGACUCUGUUCUUCUCCCUGGAGCUUCAGUACAGCUUCCCAUGUGGUUACGUGGACCUGAUGAAGAAGGUGUUCAUGAAAUAAACUUCUUGUUUUACUAUGAAAGUAUUAAAAAACACUCAAAAAUGAGUCAUAGAGUAUUGAGACACACUGCAGUUAUUUGCACCAGCCGAUCGCUGACUGUGCGAGCCACUGUAUUUCGAAGCAAUGCUCUUGCAGAUGAAAAAGGUGAAGGUGACAAUAUGCUAGUGUUUGUGGAUGUGGAAAAUAUCAAUACUAGUGAAGCCGGUGUAAAAGAAUUUCACCUGGUGCAAGUGUCUAGUAACAGCAAAAACUGGAAACUACAGGAGUCCAUACAUCUCUCUGAAGACAAAGAUAUUAAGCUAGCUAACAGAGAGAAAGGAAAGCUAUGCUUCAAAGCAGUAAGGUGUAAACAUUCAAUAGAAAUGUAUACAUUUGCAGAUAUUGUUUUUGGAAAUGAACAGAUAAUCAGUUCAACCAGUCCAUGUGCGGAUUUCUUUUUCCGAAGCUUAUAUUCUGACUUAAAAAGAACACGAACACAACAAAGUAUGCAAGCUUCUCAAGGACCAGCGAAACAGUCUCUUGACAGUUCUGUUAGACUGAUACAAAAAUGUAACGAAGUGGAUUUGAAUGUAAUUGUAUUAUGGAAGGCAUAUGUUGUAGAAGAUAACAAGCAACUCAUUUUGGAAGGCCAGCAUCAUGUUGUGCUUACUGCAGUAGGGAAGGAGGCUGUUUCUUCUCCUCAAAAACAGGGUUUUAAAAAAGUACUUGGGAAUUCUGAUUGGGAAGACUUGGAACAGGAGGCACCCGAGAUAGGUCUCCUAAAUUUUUUUCGACCAGAAAGCACAUCAGUACCUGUCCGGCCAUCUCCAGAUCAAUUUUCCAACCUGAUUAAAACUAGUCUUCAUUAUCCAGAAACUUUUAACCACUCAUUCCAUCAGAAAAGCCUCUGUAUAGUUCCAGUUACUCUUCUACUUUCAAAUUGUUCUCAGGCUGAUGUUGAUGUGAUCAUUGAUCUGCGACAUAAAAUAACAAGUCCAGAAACACUUGACAUCCAUGGUUCAUUUACUUGGCUUGGGCAAACACAAUACAAACUUCAACUGAAAAGCCAGGAAGUGUCUAGUGUUCAGUUAAAGGCCUGUUUCGUUCACACAGGAGUUUAUAAUCUUGGAACCCCACGAAUAUUCGCCAAGCUUUCAGACCAGGUUACUUUGUUUGAAACAAGUCAACAAAAUUCAAUGCCAGCACUGAUAAUCAUCAACAGUAUUUGAGUGUCUGGGAGAUUCUUUUAAAAAUGAAGCAGCGCAGAUCUGUUGUUUACUGCAUUUCUUUGAAUCCACAAUUGUGGCAUAUGAGCUGUUAAAUAGAUGUAGAUAAAAUGUGAACAUAUUAUGAUUACCUGUCUACUUCUGUUUCAUAAUGCCAGGCAUAUUGGACUGAAAUUUCACUUUUUAAAUAAGUAUCUCGUUAAGUUAACUGGAAAUACCCAUGUAAAUUUAAGAUUCCUAAACCAGAUUGGAAAAUCCUUAUAUGUUUAGACCUGUCAAAAAUUGCAGCUCUGCUGCUAUUGGAGACUGACAGCAUGAGUUAAUAUUUGUGGCUGUAUUAGCAGGCAGUUUAGGACAAAGACCCUUGUUGGCCUUUUUUCUUUUUUUGAUCAAGCCAUCUGUUCCUGUAAAGUCCGAUAAGAUAUUAAAUACAAGCCUCACUUUUUCAUUUUCACUUUUUAAAAAGUGAAAUAAAGACUUUUCUCAUGUACUGAUUUCCAGUCCUCCAUGGAAAUUGCAUAUAAUUACAUUUAAUAUUAAACAUUUGAAACCUGUUUUAAGUAUUUUCUCACUCAUCUCAAUAGAAAAUGCACUAUUCCAAACCAUGUCUGUCAUUUAAACUCAUUCACUUUAUUAUGUAACUAUAACAAUUCACUUGAUCUGUUUUAAUUACCAGUUAAUUAAGCUUUUCAAGAAAUGUAUUAUAUUUAUAACAAAUGUUCUGUAAAUAGAAUAAAAUGUGCACCACAUUUGUUGCACUGAUUUAUUUCAUAAACAUUUCUGAAACAAUGGACAAAAUUAAGGUGGCCUAUUAUACCAGAUGAUUAGUGCUGCUGUAAUUAGCAAUGCAGUCUUUAUUUCUUCUAGCUCUUUUGAACAGACUGCUUUGCUAACUUUUAUCCUUCACUGCUACUCAGCCCAAAAUGGCAUUUGCCAUCAUUUCAGGUUGAUAAUUUAAGUGAGUCGAGUGACAACUACCAAGCCAUUGCCAAAGCUUCAUUUUAACUAUUCAGAAAGG